AUGCCAGUGGAGGGAACUGACAGGAGCAGUAGUCGUCAAUUAUACAGUGUUCGUGGUGCUAGAAGAGAGUGUGGUGUUGAUGCUACAAUAGAACAAGGGCGCAGUCUGUGUGUGUAUCUCUACCAACACCGCACCCUGCAAGUGUUCUCCUGUAUCUUCUCUACAUACCAACCCCUUCACCUUCACAACCAUCCUCACCACCAGAGAACUAUUUACGCCUACGACGGCUACUACGACGACCUCUUCCCACAGCUCUCCCACCAUUCCCGCUCUAGCCUCGAGACAGUCCACAAUUUCGUCCACUCCCGAUCCUUGCCAGACCCAGAGAAACUGUCCAGCGACGGGGAUGCUCCUCUUCCACUCCCUAGUCUCCUCGCUAUCCUCCUUCGGUCCAAAUUCCUCUUUGGUUUCUUAGAGAAAUUUUGGGUCGACUCCGUCUGCCAUGAACCCCUGAAAAACAAUCCUACAGAGCAUACGGCACAGCUCGUUUCCCAUGUGCUUUGUCGGGACAGGCCCGUGCUCCUGAGUAAAAGGUCAUGGCACCAGUGA